UGCGCAAGACCCUACCCUCCCCCCCCCACCCCGCGCCGUCCCACCCCCCCCGCCACCCCCCACGCGCCUGCGCAGGACCCCCAGCUACCGCGCGGUCGUCCGGACGACAGAAGAUCCGCCUUCUCAUUGGGCAGCUGAACUAGCGGGUUCUAGUUCUGAUUGGUGGUCUCUGUAUUUGACCCUCCUUUUUCUCUUUAGCGCCCCGCGCAAGGCUCCUCUUUGUUGCAGGUUAGCCGCGGGCUGCGCAAUUUCGGGAGGAGUCAGGCGAUCCCACACACUGAACCUGAGGGUCGUCGUUCUGAUUAGUCUUCUCUCUUCUGUCCUGCAGUUUCCAGGACUACGGGGAGGGUAAUAGCUUUCCGUUGCAUGAUGCAAGACAGUGACCCCUGCAAAUGGGACCUUACCUGGUCGUUGUGUCUCCCCCAGCCGACUGUGACCCCUGAGGGCGGGGAUCAGGUGGCUCCCCCACCAAAGCGUGACCAAUGAGGGCUGGGACCUAGUAUGAUUCUUGUGUCUGCCCACCAGACUGUGACCAAUGAGGUCAGAGACUGGGCCUGGUUCCUAUCUUCCCCAGCAAACUGACCAAUGAGGGCUGGGACCUGUUCUAGUUCCUGUAUCUACCGCAUCCUAUGGCUCCCGGAGGGCUGGAACAAGCUUUCAGUCUUUCUGUGGCCUUAUAGUCAUGUUUUUUAAAACAGUAAAUAAUUAGAUUAUUUUAAUCAUGUCUGUAUUAAUUGGUUAAUUGAGUCCAUUUACAUUUCUUGUCAUAAUAAACUAUUUGGAUUUGAUUUUAUGAUCUCAUUCUGUGCUCUCUAUUUGUUCAGGUUUUUCCUUUCCUUUUAUUCUCCUUUCUACAUAUCCACACACCUCCAUCAGCCUACAAAGACAUGACCACCAAUGCCAGCCCCGUGCACCCAUACUGGCCUCGGCACCUGAGGCUGGACAACUUUGUGCCUAAUGACUGCCCCACCUGGCAUCUCCUGGCUGGCCUCUUCUCCAUCUCUGGGGUCUUAGUUGUGACCACAUGGCUGUUGUCAGGUCAUGCUGCGGUCAUCCCACUGGGGACUUGGCGGAGACUGUCCCUGUGCUGGUUUGCAGUGUGUGGGUUCAUUCACUUGGUGAUUGAGGGCUGGUUCAGCCUCUACCACGAGGACCUUCUCGGAGACCAAGCCAUCUUGUCUCAACUCUGGAAAGAGUAUGCCAAGGGAGACAGCCGAUACAUCCUGAAUGAUAGCUUCAUGAUAUGCAUGGAGACCAUCACAGCUUGCUUGUGGGGACCACUCAGCCUAUGGGUGGUGAUCGCCUUUCUCCGCCAGCAGCCCCUCCGCUUUGUCCUACAGCUUGUGGUCUCUGUGGGUCAGAUAUACGGGGAUGUGCUAUAUUUCCUGACAGAGCACCGUGAGGGAUUCCAGCAUGGGGAGCUGGGCCACCCUCUCUACUUCUGGUUUUACUUUGUCUUCUUGAACGCCCUGUGGCUGGUGCUGCCUGGAAUCCUCGUGCUUGAUUCUAUAAAGCAACUUGCUCGUGCCCAGAGCAUGCUGGACACCAAAGCCACAAAAGCCAAGAGCAAGCAGAACUAAUGAGUGAUGAACUGGGCUUGAACACUGGCUAUUGAGGAACUCUCCACCUGCCAGAAGAUUCCAAUCCUUGCUCUCACAGGUUGGAAGGACAAAUCAAAUUGAUCUGUCAAACUCAGGCUGAUGGGUGAACAGGGGGAAGAAAGGAGCUGUGUGGAGCUACUGUCAGGAGCUGUUGGGACAAAGGUACAAGAGAACCUUGGAAGUCUGUGAUGGGGACAAUUUUUUUAAAUCAGGAAAUAAAGAUCUUGACCCUA